GUUUUGACAACCCCUGUCUCCUACUCUAUUUCCCCUCCACACAGCCUCUUGUUUCCCACAAUGCUUAGCGAACAUCACCACCAAGAUGGCUGACGCUAUGGAGGAAUAUGAGAAAGAAGCUGGCUGCGUUCCUAUUCUCCAUCCCGAGGAAAUCAAACCCCAGAGUCAUUACAACCACGGCUACAGUGAGAACGUCAGCCGUAAAAAUCAUGUGGAUGACUACAGCACCUGGGACAUCGUCAAAGCCACACAGUAUGGAAUCUUCGAGCGCUGCAGGGAGUUAGUGGAGGCGGGCUUUGAUGUUCGGCAGCCAGACAAAGAAAAUGUAACGCUCCUCCACUGGGCUGCCAUCAACAACAGGAUAGACUUGGUCAAGUACUACAUAUCGAAGGGAGCCAUAGUUGACCAGCUGGGAGGUGACCUCAACUCCACACCUCUACACUGGGCCACAAGACAAGGCCAUCUAUCCAUGGUGGUGCAGCUCAUGAAAUAUGGCGCAGACCCAUCUUUGAUUGACGGCGAGGGCUGCAGCUGUGUCCAUCUGGCCACCCAGUUCGGCCACACCUCCAUCGUGGCCUACCUUAUCGCCAAAGGACAGGAUGUGGACAUGAUGGAUCAAAACGGCAUGACUCCUCUGAUGUGGGCGGCUUACAGGACACACAGUGUGGAUCCUACCCGGCUGCUACUGACGUUCAACGUGUCUGUCAAUCUUGGCGACAAAUAUCACAAGAACACAGCGCUGCACUGGGCCGUGCUGGCCGGCAACACCACUGUCAUCAGCCUGCUGCUGGACGCCAAUGCUAACGUUGAUGCACAGAACAUCAAGGGCGAAACACCGCUAGAUCUUGCUAAGCAAAGGAAGAAUGUUUGGAUGAUCAAUCACUUACAGGAAGCACGGCAGGCCAGAGGCUAUGACAGCCCAUCCUACCUGAAGAGAUUGAAGAUGGACAAGGAGUUCAGGCAGAAGGUGAUGCUGGGAACACCCUUCGUGGUCAUCUGGCUAGUUGGUUUCAUCGCUGACCUGAAUAUUGACUCCUGGCUCAUCAAGGGCAUGAUGUAUGCUGGUGUCUGGGUUGCUGUGCAGUUCCUCUCCAAGGCUUUCUUUGACCACUCCAUGCACAGCGCUCUCCCUCUGGGAAUCUACCUGGCCACCAAGUUCUGGAUGUACACCACCUGGUUCUACUGGUUCUGGAAUGAUCUGCCAUUUGCCACUGUCCAUGUGCCCUUCCUGAUAAACACCCUGGCUCUAUUCUACAACUUUGGAAAAUCUUGGAAGUCUGACCCGGGAAUCAUCAAAGCAUCAGAGGAACAGAAGAAAAAGACAAUUGUGGAGCUUGCAGAGACUGGCAGCCUGGACCUAAGCAUAUUCUGCAGCACCUGCUUGAUACGGAAGCCCAUCAGGUCCAAACACUGCGCUGUGUGCAACCGCUGUAUCGCCAAGUUCGACCAUCACUGUCCCUGGGUGGGGAACUGUGUCGGAAGUGGGAAUCACCGCUACUUCAUGGGUUAUCUCUUCUUCCUGCUCUGCAUGAUCUGCUGGAUGAUAUAUGGCUGCAUCUCCUACUGGAGGAUUCACUGUGCCACUAGUUAUGCCAAGGAUGGUUUCUGGCUCUAUCUGACCCAGAUCGCCUCCUGUUCCCCCUGGAUGUUUUGGAUGUUCCUCAACAGCAUCUUCCACUUCAUGUGGGUGGCUGUGCUCAUCAUGUGUCAGCUUUACCAGAUCGCCGCUCUGGGAAUCACCACCAAUGAGAGGAUGAACGCUCGGAGAUACAAGCACUUUAAAGUCACAGCCACAUCCAUCGAAAGCCCAUUCAACCAUGGCUGCAUCCGAAACCUCAUAGAUUUCUUUGAGAUCCGCUGCUGCGGUCUGAUCCGGCCUGUAACGAUGGACUGGACCACGCAGUACACAAUAGAAUACGACCAGACAUCUGGCUCGGGCUACCAGCUUGUGUAAAGGAGGAAGAGGAGGAGGGUGGAAGAAAGAUUUUGAACGAUUACCCUCCUUGUCACCCGGCAUUUAUAUCAGAGUGAUGCUGUUCUUGGGAGCACUUGCUUUUUUGGACCAUCUUUCCCUCACCGAUCAAAAGACUUUGGGGAAAAAAAAUAAUAAAUCAACCAGGACUAGCAUGCUGACACCACACCUGCACCCCACCACCUUUACUACUACUACUAUUCUACAACAUCAGACUGCAGUCUAACCCCUCCACCUCGUCUCUUCUCCUGAGCCCAUUGGACGCUGCGUUGCUGCCAGGCAUGAGCGGAGAGGACAGAGGCUGAUGAGGAUUUACAAAAUAAAAGCUCUUCUGUUUGUACCAGAGAUGUGACGCUGCACAGAUAGUAGUGUCAUGAAGUUCAUUUUCCUUCCCACUUGAUGUCCUUAUUUAUGGUGUCCCUGUUCAUGUGCCCUGAAUGUUUUUUUGUUUUUUUUUUGAUUGGUUCAGGAACUCUGCUGUUUCUGUGAUAAUUAACUGUGGAGGCCAUGGAAGUUGAAGGAAGGCUGUUUCUGAAAAUCAUGAAUUUGUUUGAGUAUGAUAGAGACAAGGGAAUGUCUUUUUAAGGUUUUGAUUUUUGCAUCAUGAAUUUUGUGUCAUGCUGAUGAGGAUUUGCCAGCAUCGUCAUACUUAUCAGAGGAAAGUGUUUAGUUACAGGUGGAGCCACUGGAGGAGUCCCACUUCUCACCUGCUGAAAUAAAGCUGCAUCCACUGAAGACAAAAAAAAAAACCCGACAGCAGUUGUCCAUGCAGGAUUAAGUGCAUGAACUGGGACUCCUCCACCUGCAAACCACUGUAAACGUGACGGUAAAUAUCGUAGAGACAAUGUGACACAGCUAUAUUUAUUUUAAAGCUAUUUAUAGAUGAACUGUUCUAGCACCACCAUUUUUACAUUUCACAUCAUUUUAGCCAAGUAGUUUUUUUAUGACAAAUUAUUAAAGAAGUAGCUGUUGAACACAGAAGCCCAGAAACCUUGCCAUAAAACUGUAUAGACAGGUGCAGUGAGUGUAUUUAUUAACAGCAGAGUGGAAUCUAAGAAAAAGAGAAUGCUGCAGAAGGAUAGACAAAUUUACAAGAAAGGUUCAUUCCAUGUUUUCAAGAAGAUGUAAAGUCUCGUAUUUUUAAUCUGCCUAUAACAUUGCACUGAUCUUUUUUCUCUUUUUUUGGUAAGUUAUUUUUGUUUUGGCUGUUACUGAACCAAAGGGCCCAGCAGCAUUGCGUCACACCGACGCUUCCAUUGUUCACAAAGAGGAAGAGGAGGGGCCCAUCAGACAUGAGUGCCUCCCAUAACUUCCUGCUUGGACCCCAGCUGUUGGCUCUGCAGCAGUAGCAGGACAUACUGAUAUGUAAAUAAAUGUGCACCUGUACAUAAA